AUGGACGCUGGUGGACCCCCACCUAGCUACCACGAGUCGCGUGUCAAGUCGGACGACGCGCGCGAGCCGCCUACGCACGAAGACGGCCCACCCAUGAAGGCACAAAAGCAAGAUGCCACGUCAUACCCAGGCAAGGCGGCAUCUCAGGCUUCUAUUCCACAGUACAAUACGAUCGAUUUUCUCGGUAAUGUGUCUGGUGGACCUCAUGCAGCUGCUGCGGAAGCGCUGGCUACAUUCUCUUCCUCCGUCGGCGAAACUGCCAACAACUCCAACUUGUUUGUCAAUGUGCCACCGCCAACACAAGGACAAACAGAGACGCAGCCCACACCGGCACAGGCACCGACGCAGGCGGCUUCGUCGACGCCACAGCAUGGGCCUCCCUUCCUUUGCCCUACAUGCAACACAUCAUACUCGCGCCUGGAAUAUCUUCGUCGCCAUGAGCGACGCCAUGCGGACAUUCGCCCCUUUGCGUGCCCAUGUGGAAAGUCGUUCUCGCGUAGCGAUGUGCUGGCGCGUCACAAGACCAAGUGCCGCGUGGUGCUAAGCGGCGAAGGCCAAGCGGCUGCUUCCAGUGAUAACCGCGCCAAGACGGAGCGUACACCGCGCUCGACACCGCGCUCGACUAAGGGACGUACAUCGUCGCAGAUGCGAACGAGGAAUGACCGUGAUGCUGUGGCGGACUUGUCGGUGGACCCUGCACUCUCUGCUGCGGCUGUGGAUCCAUCUAUACAGCCGCCGCCUCCGCUGGAAGGUGGUGCUCCAGCAGGCGAAGCUGAUGAGUCGUACUCUUACAACACAGCGCCUCCAUCGUACGCGGGGCAUUCGACCAACCAUGCAGAGGGUGACUAUACGCAUGCCAAGGGGGGUGCGGCGCAUUACACCGGUAUGCCCAUGAAUGCCCAUGCGCAAAUGCCUACGCGUAUGCAUGACUCGAAAAUGUACGCACACGGCGUGAGUGGAACGUCACGGAAUGCCAAUAUGCCCUAUAUCUCUGGUACUGCUGCUAUCCACCCAGAGCUCUCGUCGCGUGGCCAAGGCAUGUACAGCGGCACGCAUUCUUCGAGUGGCGCCAACAGCCCUAGCACUGGUACCGGCACAGCUAGCUCUGCAGCCUACUACCCGUCGCAACAUACGGGUGCCGAGCACACCGGCACGUAUGCACCGGGCACCAACGCGGCCCAUACCGCUGGUCAUUACAGCGAAGCGAAUGGCUCUGCGCCUGUGGCUGGCAUGUACCAACACCCCCACGGAAAAGACUUGGGCCGCUUUUCGUCAGGAACCCUUUCACCGUUUUCGAACACGGCGUUGAGUUCGAACAUUUCGCCGUACCUGUCGGCCUUUUCGUGUGCGCGUGACAUGCCACGAAUGUCGAGCCCACGCAUGGGCUCCUCGAGCAACACGAGCCAAAGUGGCAGCGUGCCCCCGCCCCCGCCUACCACAGGUACGUCGCAAGGCGAAGAGCCCGAGUCUGAGGCGCCCCAGUAG